AUGACAGAAGCUAGUGGUACUCAAAAACAUCAGAUCGGUGGGACAUAUGGUAUUCCGCAAUAUCUAAGGGAAGAGAUGCAGAAUAAAGAGAGAGAUGAGCAACACACAGAUAUUUUACAGGAACGAAUAAAGAAUAAAUCCGCGUAUAAUAAAGAAGACGAAUAUCAUAAAAGAAGGCUAGAUAGUAAUGCUAGUGAACCAACAAAAGAGGAAGGUAGACUGGUUGUGGUAAACGACAAAUAUGAUGAGCAUGAGAUAGACCAUGUUUCCAAAAAGCGUAAAUCUAGAUGGGAUGUUCAAAGCUACGUCAUACCUGAGGAAUCAAAGGCUUUGAAAGAUGAGAUAGACCAGUCUUUGGUUCUCGACGUUCCAGAGGCGCAUAGUUUAAGAUUUUUCAAGGCCUCUGAUAAACUACAUUUUGCUGCACUAAUAAAUAAAAAACCAUUCGAAUCUUUGAGCGACGACGAGAAGAGGGAAAGACAUCUAUUAUCAUUAAUUUUAAGAAUAAAGAAUGGUACUUCAUCCAUACGGAAACAAGCAACAAGGCAGUUGACAGACAAAUGUCAAAAUUUUGGUCCGAAACUCAUAUUUGACUCUAUAUUGCCAAUACUACUAGAUAAAGAAUUGGAAGACCAAGAAAGACAUUUAUUGAUUAAAAUUAUAGACCGUGUUCUUUAUAAAUUGGAUGCUCUUGUCAAGCCUUAUACCCGCGAUAUUCUAGUUGUGGUUUCUCCUCUCUUAAUAGAUGAAGAUCCAAUAUUGCGUACAGUAGGGAAAGAAAUAAUAAACAAUUUGUCAUCUGUAGUUGGUUUAUCAACUAUGUUGACAGCAAUGAGAACUGAUAUCGAUAAUGAUGACGAAUAUAUUAGGAACAUAUCUUCUAGAACUCUGGCAAUUAUUGGGCAAUCUCUGGGCGUCUCAAAAUUACUUCCAUUCAUAAAUGCAGCAUGUCAUUCGAGAAAAUCAUGGAAGGCUCGCCAUACUAGCGUAAAAAUUGUACUGCAACUUUCUGUCCUCCUUGGUUCCGGAGUAUUACCCUACUUAAAUGGUUUAAUACAAUGCAUUUUUGAUGGAUUAACAGAUGAACAUAUUCCUAUUCGUAUUCUUACCGCAAAUACUUUGGCUAGUUUAGCACAAAAUUCUUAUCCAUAUGGUUUGGAAGCUUUUGAUUUCGCUUUGAAACCGUUAUGGAAGGGACUUCAUACACAUAGGGGUAAAGUUCUAGCGGCAUUUUUGAAAUGUCUUGGGUCUAUUAUACCACUAAUGGACUCAGAAUACGCUAGUUACUAUACUGAUGAAAUCAUGAAAGUAAUACAAAGGCACUUCAACUCUCCAGAUGAUGAAAUGAGGAAAGCAGUCCUUGUAGUACUACAAAAAUGCAGUCAAACAGAUAGUAUCACUUCUCAGUAUUUACGGAAGGAAGUAGUGCCUUCAUUUUUCCAAAACUUCUGGACAAGACGUGUAUCAUUAGAUCUUCAACUAAAUAAAAUAGUUGUAUACACCACAGUGGUGCUCUCCGAAAAAAUUGGCUGUGCUUAUGUUAUUGAGAAUUUAUUGAAACCCUUAAGAGACGAGGUUGAGCCAUUCAGAACUAUGGCUGUUCAUGCAGUUAAUAGGGUGGUCAAACGAUUAGGAACCGCUGAUUUAGAUGAAAGAUUGGAAACCCGUCUGUUAGACGCGCUUUUGGUAGCAUUUCAGGGACAAACAUCUGAUGAUUCCAUCAUAUUUAGAGGUUUCGGUACUGUUGCAACGUCAUUAGACAAAAGAAUGAAGCCUUUUCUCAGUCCGAUAAUUAGUACUAUUUUAUUUAACCUCAAGCAUAAAGAUCAAAUGGUCCGUCAGCAUGCUGCUGAUCUAUGUAAUAUCAUGGUACCCGUAAUAAAAAACUGUGGCGAAGUUGAAAUGCUCAAUAAGCUCAGCAUUAUUUUAUAUGAAUCACUAGGAGAAGUAUAUCCCGAGGUAUUGGGGUCAAUCAUUCUCGUAAUUGGUACUAUAGUAAGAGUGAUGGAUUUGGAUAAACUAGAGCCCCCAGUAAAUCAAAUAUUACCGUCACUUACUCCUAUUUUGCGUAAUAGGCACAAUAAGGUGCAAUUUAAUAUUAUAAAUGUGGUAGGUUUUAUUGCAAGAAAGGGUCCAAGUUAUGCUCCACCAAAAGAAUGGAUGAGGAUUUGUUUUCAAUUACUAGAAAUGCUGAAAAGUACAAAUAAAAAAAUUCGGAAGUCAGCAAAUGCAACUUUUGGUUAUAUAGCCAAAGCAUUGGGCCCUCAAGAUGUGUUAGUUGUCUUGCUAAAUAACUUAAAGGUUCAAGAACGUCAACUUCGUGUAUGUACCGCAGUUGCUAUCGGUAUUGUUGCCAAAACAUGUGGUCCUUACACAGUCCUACCCGCUUUAAUGAAUGAAUACAAAACACCUGAGACCAAUGUUCAGAACGGUGUAUUAAAAGCAAUGACCUUCAUAUUUGAAUAUAUUGGUGAUCUUGCGCAGGAUUACAUAUACCUAACAGUACCCUUACUGGAAGAUGCACUUAUAGACAGAGAUUUAGUUCACCGUCAGACUGCUGCAACGGUAAUAAAACAUAUAGCAUUACAUUGUGCAAAUUCAGGCAAUGAGGAUGCAUUCAUACAUUUGCUCAAUCUCCUGGUCCCAAAUAUUUUUGAAACUUCGCCUCAUGUUAUUGCAAGAAUCCUUGAUGGCUUGGAAGCUUUAAGCCAUACCCUUGGUCCUGGUAUAUUUAUGAAUUAUAUCUGGGCUGGGCUUUUCCAUCCUGCCAAAAAUGUUCGCAAGGCAUUCUGGAGGGUGUACAACACUGCAUAUGUACAACAUAUGGACUCGUUAGUACCUUACUAUCCUAUUACAAAUGAUGAAUCAACAAGAAUAGCGGAACUAGAUAUAAUUAUAUAG